GUGGGUGGAAAAAUGAAGUUAGGAUGGCUCUUAGUAGCCAGAGGAGAGCCAUCUGCCGAAAAAUUGCCACUUUAACUUCGGAGCAGAAUACUGGCGCGUUGGGUCUGUCUUCCAACCACAACUCAUCGGAGGAAAUCACCCAAGAAGCCCGCGGGGCGGAGCCUGAAGUAGUACGGAGACCGAGAGCCCGGGCUUCUGCAACUGAGCAGCAGUCUGAUGGAGCGCCUCGACGGUAGACGGUCCUGGCGCUCGGCCUCCGUUUGCGCGCUGUUCUUGGUGAGCAGCUGCUUCUUGAUCGCCUCGCUCACCGCGCUGGUCCUGAAUCUGACGAAGCAGACUCCGCCGCUCCAGUCAUCAGUGGUCGCUGCUGCUCACCUGGUCCUUAAGCUGAAUGGAAACACAAGCAUUCAUCGAGGGAUGUUAGAUUGGUUUGACAGAGAAGUUCAAGGAGCAUUCCUUGAGUCAUCAUUUGAAUAUAACUCUCAGAAGCUAAAGAUUAAAAAUGCUGGGCUGUACUGUAUCUAUGCUCAGAUCAAUGUCGAACUUCGUGGCCAUCAUCCCACCAAGGAAGCAGAUACUGUUCUCUCUAUUCAUCGUAAAAAUGAAGCUAAUCCUGCUCUUCUGACCCUCCAUUUGCAUUUGUCUGACAGAGUAAAGAAACCAUAUACAAACUACACAUCUCAGAUUUAUCAGUUGUCAAGUAAUGAUGUGCUCUACGGGACAUUAGAGGGAAGUACUGAAGAAGACUAUCACUGGGCCCUUAAAGAAUAUGGUAAUUUCUUUGGUGUCUUCCGGAUUAAUGACUCUAAUGAUUUAAUUAAUGAAGUUAAUUAA